CACGCCCCGCCCCGCUCGCCCGGCAUCGCGGAGCGGCGGAGUCAAGAUGGAGGAGUACGCGCGCGAGCCUUGCCCCUGGCGCAUUGUGGACGACUGUGGUGGGGCCUUUACGAUGGGAACCAUAGGUGGUGGGAUCUUUCAAGCCAUCAAAGGUUUUCGCAAUUCUCCGGUGGGAGUAAACCACAGACUACGAGGGAGUCUGACAGCUGUUAGAACCAGGGCUCCACAGUUGGGAGGUAGCUUUGCCGUUUGGGGAGGUCUGUUUUCCAUGAUUGACUGCAGUAUGGUUCAAGUCAGAGGGAAGGAAGAUCCCUGGAACUCCAUCACGAGUGGUGCCUUAACAGGAGCCAUCCUGGCAGCAAGAAUAAUCUCUCUGUUCUCAACGUGCUCAGACGGACCGGUGGCCAUGGUCGGGUCAGCCGCGAUGGGUGGCAUUCUGCUAGCCCUCAUCGAAGGAGCUGGUAUCUUGUUGACAAGGUUCGCCUCUGCCCAGUUUCCCAACGGUCCUCCGUUUGCUGAAGACCCCUCCCAGUUGCCUUCAGCCCAGUUACCAUCCUCACCUUUCGGGGACUAUCAACAAUACCAGUAGGACCUCUCUCCCAGGACUUCUUUAACAGAAUGAGCUGCGGUUCAAGGAAGGAUUUCAGAAGAUCAAAUUCAGUCUGUUUUUAAAACUGUAGGUGGGACAACUACGGCCAAAUAGGCUGUGACGAGACAUUGAGCACAUUUUUCUACUUAAAGGAAUGUGGGGGGCGGGGGAGGGUCUUAAAAGAUAAUACAUUUAUUUAUUCACACUUGGAUUGCGUUUGUGAUCAAAAUGUCUGAAAUCUUUAGAAGGAAAAACAGUAAGUGCUUGGAAGAUGAAGGACCCAUGGCAAACAGCAACGAAGCAUGACCAGCAUUUCCUCGGGGACCUCUCUGCCUGGUUUUGUUCUAUUAGUGAAACAAUAAAAAACGCCAGGUGAUUGCUCUUUCUGUUAAGAUAA